AUGGGGAAGGGCAGCAAUGCUUGCAAACGCAACACGGCCCGCGGCCGCGCAGAGGAUAAAGCGGUUAAGGAACCGAAGAGCCAGCUGAAAACUAACCAGGCGGCCAUGACCAUCAAAUGCAAAGUUUGCAUGCAGCCCUUUAUGAAGACACAGAGCGCCUCUCAGUUAUCUGAGCAUGCGAAGAAUAAACACGGGAAAAGCUUGGAAGACUGCUUUCCCGAUGUAGCCGGCGGCUAG